CCGGACCGGCCGAACGAACCAGCGGCCUUUGGACAGGGAAGGCGGGGGCGAGUUGGACAAACUCCAGCCAAAGCCAACCAACCCCACGCGCACACCACACCAGCCGCGGAAAGGGAGGGGACCGGCCCGGACCGCGAGGCCGCCACGCCUUUCACACUUGAUGGGUUGCUGCCGCUCCUCGCUGCGGCCGGGGGCGGGUGCGGGGGCCCACGCCGCGGAGAAGCCACCCCGGCACCGCCCGCCUCCGCCGCCACCGACGACGAGCCGCCCGUCCCCGAACGCGCACCCGGCCCGCGCGGGCGGCGGCGGCGGGGGCGGGGAUGUCCCGGCGUUCGCGGAGUUCUCCCUGGCGGACCUCCGCGCGGCCACGGGCGGGUUCGCGGCCGAGAACAUCGUCUCCGAGAGCGGCGAGAAGGCGCCCAACCUCGUAUACAGGGGCCAGCUCAAGGGCCCCGCCGGCGCCCCGCCGCGCGCGAUUGCCGUGAAGAAGUUCGCCAAGCUCGCGUGGCCCGACCCCAAGCAGUUCGCGGAGGAAGCGAAGGGGGUGGGGGCCCUGCGGCACCGGAGGAUAGCGAACCUGAUCGGCUACUGCUGCGAUGGCGACGAGCGCCUGCUCGUCGCCGAGUUCAUGCCCAACGACACCCUCGCAAAGCACCUGUUUCACUGGGAAAACCAGACUAUAGAAUGGGCUAUGCGUCUGAGAGUUGCAUACUACAUCUCCCAAGCAUUGGAAUAUUGUAGUAUCAAGGAGAGGCCUUUAUAUCAUGACUUAAAUGCAUACAGGGUCCUCUUUGACGAGAAUGGUGACCCGCGUCUGUCAUGCUUUGGUCUGAUGAAAAACAGUAGGGAUGGCAAAAGCUAUAGCACGAACCUAGCAUAUACACCUCCAGAAUAUCUCAGAAAUGGCAGGGUUACUCCAGAAAGUGUCAUAUUCAGUUUUGGCACCGUACUUCUCGACCUUCUCAGUGGAAAACGUAUACCUCCUUCACAUGCACUUGAUAUCAUGAGAGGCAGAAACAUCCAAGCAGUAAUGGAUUCACAUCUGGAGGGAAACUACUCGGCAGAGGUGGCUAUUACACUGGUGAACCUUGCUUCUCAAUGUCUACAGUAUGAGCCAAGAGAUCGUCCUGACAUUAAAAAGUUGGUUUCCAUACUGGAGCCUUUGCAGAAAAAAUUAGAGGUACCAUCCUAUGUGAUGCUUGGAAUUCCAAAGCCUGUGGAAGAACCACAGGCACCUCCUACUCCACUGCGCCCUCUUUCUCCCAUGGGAGAAGCCUGUUCCAGGAUGGACCUAACUGCCAUCCAUCAGAUCCUAUUCACGACACAUUACAGAGAUGAUGAAGGGUCCAAUGAGCUAUCUUUUCAAGAAUGGACACAGCAGAUGAGGGAUAUGUUGGAUGCAAGGAAACGUGGCGACUUUGCCUUUAAAGACAAAGAUUUUAAGGCAGCAAUCGAUUGUUACAGUCAGUUUGUUGAUGUGGGGACAAUGGUGUCACCAACUGUGUUUGCCAGACGCAGCUUGUGCUACCUUAUGUGUGACCAACCUGAUGCUGCCCUCCGUGAUGCCAUGCAAGCACAGAUCGUCUCCCCUGAUUGGCCAACAGCAUUCUACAUGCAGGCAGUUGCGCUAUCCAAGCUGAACAUGCAGAGCGAUGCUGUGGACAUGCUGAACGAGGCGUCAGAGCUAGAAGAGAAAAGGCAAAAGAGCACAAAGGGUCCUUGAGAAGUGGCAUCCCUUAUAUAUAACAUAGAUUCACGCUAUGUAGUAAAUUCCCCAACCCUUUCCCCUGUAGAAAGUGCUUAGUAUAUUGCGUGGUUAAAUCUUAGAUGGUUAAAAUCUAGAAGUUAGGAGACCUCUGUGGAGAAGAGGCUCUCUAGAGAAGAGCCUUGUGGUCAGAAUAACUCAUUUGGUUUGUCGACAUUUCCGCGAUAGGUUCUGCAUUUUUUGGGCCCAUGUAUAUAAGAUCUGUUGCAGGAGAGCUUGAAACUUGAUAUAGGUGCUGGUCGUUCAGGUGGGCCGCUGUAGCCGAAGCUAAUAAACAUGUCUUCGUUUGUGCAAAA